AUGGCAAAGUCAUCACAUCAGCAGCGAUUGUUCAUCUCAGACCUUCUGCACAUUAUGCUCUCUCGCAUGGGACGAGGAGCUUUUAGACAAAGUGAAAUACAUGUUUGUCGUCUGUUUUCUGUGCAAAUCAGAGGAAACGCUGCAUAUUGCCGUGCAGUUGGCAGCAUCCCACUACCGAACCGGCGGAUAGCUGCAAUCUCAACAGCGAGUGGAUAUGAAAGUCUGCUACCAUUAGUGACAAAUGCGACGACUGUAACCGGAGCAUCAAAGGAAGAUGUUCACCUGGGCCCCUUUGAGCGACUGGGUAUAAGUCCUGAGCUCGCUGCUAAUCUGGCUCGGGAAGGCAUCUCGAAUCCUACUCAAAUCCAAAUUAAGGCAGUUGGUCCAAUAUUGGCGCAAAAGAAUGUUAUUGUCACCGCAGAAACCGGAUCGGGGAAAACUCUGGCAUAUUUACUGCCGCUGCUCACUCACCUUCUCCAACAUGCGGACUUGUCUCCUUCCCGUCCAAAAUCGGGUUGUGCACCUUUCUCACCUCGUUUGUUGCUUCUAGUUCCCACGCGCGAAUUGUGCGUCCAAAUGCUCCGCGUCUUGCAAUCCAUUACAAAGGGUCUGAAUGUGACAGCAACCUUACUCCCGCCACCCCCAUCGGUCCCGCUCACGCAAAUCAGAUACCCGGAUGUUGCUGUAUCCACACCAGCAGCAAUUGCCCGCCAAUUUUCCAGCCCUCGUUCUAUCAAAGAGCUCCUGUAUAGAACUGACGCGAUAGUGGUGGACGAGGCCGACUGGACAGUGGCCGACCCGACUGGGUGGAAGUUCAUUGCGCAGAUGGCAUCAAUUAGCAGGAAAAGGGAAACACUUGAGACAUCUUCCGUAACCCCUAUCCGGAAGCUCCAGUUCAUAUUUGCAGCAGCAACUCUGCCACCGAUCAGAGCAGCGAAAGCAAAAACUCCGCGAGCUCUCAUUCAACGUACAUUUCAGGACGUGAUUACAGUGGGCACAACUGCCUUGCAUAUGCCGCCCGCAGGGUUGAAGGAGCGGUUUAUUCGUUUGGUUGAUGCUGAUGACCAAACGUUGAGCGAUGAUCAGGAGACGCAGACCAAAUGUAAUGCACUGAUGGCCAUUCUUGUAGAUGCGAUGAGAAAGAAAGCGGAAGCAAAUGUCGUUACGAGCGAUAAAUGGCUUGUUUUCUGUAACUCAACCAAGCGGGCAGAGCAAGUUUUUGCCGCCUUAAGUGCUACGCAAGAUGCUAUCAUAGCUGAGAGUGGACUUGGUGUGCCUUCCAUGGCAUUCGAGGUGAAUCUCGUUCACGGGGACGUGCAUAGAGAUGAACGUGGCACCACUGUGCUUAACCAUGUUGUUAAAAACAACCACAACGCUCAACCUGUGUUCAAGAUACUCGUCUCCACCGAUCUUGUGGCACGAGGUCUGGACUUCGUGGACGUUUCCACAGUAGUUCAGCUGGAUUUCGCUCGAGACGCGGCUACGUACUUGCAUAGAAUAGGACGGACGGCCAGAGCCGGCAAAGCAGGACAAGCUAUAAGUUUCGUGUCUCCUAGCGAUUAUCGUUUGUCGGACUUUGUGGAACGGGCAUCUAAAGGUGUAGCAGACUCCAAAUUGCAAACGCAUGCGCAGUUUCGCACAGCCCUUUUGGGGGAUGCGGAAGUGCUACGAGAAGAUGACAACGACCGGACCCCGUUGACUGCGUUGUUUAGCAGAAAUCGGUCUUUUCGGAAUAAGUUAAGGAAAAAGCAGAUGACAAGGCACGACAGCCUCCAAUCAAAAAUCGAGGCUGGACAAGCGUAGAACGCACAUAUUAUUCCCUGACCAUAAAUUGUCGAUAUUGUAAAUACUAUACACUUCUUAACCCGGAUUGCAUCCGGAAGCGAUCAUAAAACUGAAUCAUCUCGUCAGUAAUACGGGGAGUGACGCUGCGGAUGGCUUUUUCGAAAUGUCGGAAGUGCACCUGAUGACCACAAAGUGUCAUAAAGAUCAGUACGGCCCCUCUUAUCAAUGUCAGCACAUCAUGGUCUGACCUCGGACGCUUCCACAUUUUCUUCCAUGGCACCCAUCGCUGCUUCUUGACAUAUUGCGACACAUUCGGCGCCAGAGUAUCCUUCCGUCUUUUCAAUGCGAUAGAAUGAGCCAUUGUUGGGAACACUUUUAUGGGUUGACAUACCAUUUUCGCCAACUUAUCGGCAUCGACGUCGAUUCCACAUGCCACCCG